UAAGCACUAGCUGCCUAUAAAAACGAGUCUGAUGAUGUUACUUCAUCCUCAUUCAGAGAACUGGUAUCCCACUGCGAUUUACAUCAUGUUGGCACUCAUCAUCACGCUUAGCUUGGUCAGUGGAGGAUUCGCCUCCAUUCUAUGUCCAGCUGCAUUCAAUCCGAACCAAACAAUCCAUCUGUCACAUCCGACGAGCUGCUCCAAGUUCCUAACCUGUGUUGGUAGCCACCCCGUCGAACAGGACUGUCCUGCCGGUCUGCACUGGAACGUGGAGCAGUCUCGCUGUGAUUACCCCGAAUCUCCCCAAUGCUCCCGAGGCAGUGAUCCCGAUCAGCCUUUUAACGCAGCGGCCGUUGCCAGCAGUGUCUGUUUACCACAAAGUUAUCAAUGUCCAUUGAAUUCCAAGCCCACGGAACAUGUGAUCUUUCUGAAGCAUCGUGACUGUCGGAAGUUCUACGCAUGUGUCUCGACCCAUCCGGUUGAACUGUCCUGCCCUCCGAAGCUGUACUGGAACUCGCGUAGCUGUGUAUGUGACUAUGAGAUGGAAGCUGAAUGUGAUGAAAUGAUGGUAAGAGUUGAGGAGGAUGCCCCGGAAGAAACUGAUGAGGAGGAACAUUCCAAACAGGAGGAGGAUGCCCCGGAAGAAGCUGAGGAGGAGGAGCAUCCGAUACAGGAGGAAGAUGCCCCAGAAGAAGCUGACCAAGAACAAGCCGAGCCGGAAGUGAAUGCUUAUGCUGUAGAAUCGGUGGUGGUUAGGAAGCGUCGAGCGGCGGACAGUUCCAGCAGCUCCAGCAAUGAUACAAGCACAAGCAGUGGAUCUGGUUCAAGCGGAUCUACAAUCGCGUCAGGAGCUGAUAUUCGAUCUGUUUCAUCAAUCGUCAUGGUUGUGGCAACGGUCAUUAUGAGCGUUUUGUAAGUGGCAUGAACUCCGCUUCAAUAUAAUGGGUGCAGGUGAUAGGUUAUGCGGUUAAAUAUAAUAUAUAUUCAUCAUGAA